UAUAUCGGUGACCUACGCAUUGCUACAUCAAAAGGUAGAACGAUUGCACAAUGAAGACUACAUAAGUCGCGCGACCAUGAGGGCGUUUGUAUUGAUCCUCCUCUCCUUGCAACUCCUGGUCUACACGGCAGACGCUGUGGUCCAUCGACGACACGUCGGAACACAAGAGGGCCAUACUAACGCACUGGAUGUCUCGGGUCCGAUUAAAGAGGUCCUGGCACAGACAGGCGGAACAGCCGCCUUACCUUGCAAGCUGUCCGACCCCACAGCUGGAAUCGUUACAUGGCUGCGGCGCAGGGACAGACAGCUACUGACGGUGGGAACGGCGACGCAUUCAGUGGACAGUCGGUUCAUGGUGAGACCGUCGACGUCGGAUUGGACGCUGCUGAUCCGGGGAGUGACUUUGCAGGACGCGGGUCUAUACGAGUGCCAGGUGCCCACUGUACCCGUUCAGCACCAGUUCGCCCGGCUUAAGAUCACCGAGGCGUACUCCGUCAUCCCCGGGGCGCCGGACCUCCACGUCAAGCAGGGAUCCAGCCUCCGGCUUGAGUGCCAACUCAUCUCGGCCACCGAGCCCCCCAUUUAUGUCUUCUGGUAUCGCCAGGGCAGGAUGAUAAACUACGACGCUGAGCCCGGCGUCAAGGUGGAGCCAACUAAUACGGGCUCCAUACUCAUCGUCGAUAAGACGAAACCGGCCCACGGUGGAAAUUACACUUGCAAACCCAGCAACGCCAGGUCUGCCUAUGUCGUCGUUCACAUCAUUGAGGAGGAAGAGAAACCCGCCGCAAUGCACGGCGGGGAUCGUAGAAGCUCUUCGGGCUCUGCACCAUCCCCAAGCAUUCUACUGACGCUGAUUUUCCUCCUCAGUGCGAGCUGGUUUCAUCGAACGAUCUCGAGGCACGUUGGACAAUACCGAUCCACCACGUGACUAAAUGGAGUUGAAAAAUUCCCGAGUCGUCUAUCGAGUGAAAUUUAGGCAGCAUUUAUAAACGUACAUUAUACAAUACUUGUGUAAAAAACUUAUCUUCCUCCAUUCGGGUGUGUUUUCGCAUGUCUAUUACAAUUGUACAACAAAUCUUACGAACAAUUUGAGGCCAGGUCACGUGCAGAUUAUUUUACUUAUCGCCCUCCGCCCCUGAAGGAAAGAAUCCUCUUUACUUCAACCUCAGACCUUGCUUCGUGCACGCUGUGUAAAUCUGAAUAAAAAAUAACAAAUGGCUUUGGUAAUUGCCCGUUGCUCGGCUCUUCGGCAUCGGAAAUUGGAAACGGUAGGUAUUACAAGUACCUAGGAAAUAUAAGUAUACCGAACGAGAUAACGAGGUAAUAAACCGCAAAUAAAUUCACGGUCCAUGGACCUGUGAUUACACAUGAUAUGGAUAUUACCUGUUUGCCAAUUAUGGUUACACAUAAACGUUGAAUUUUUUUUAAUGCCUUUUAGAACUUUUUUUCUUCUCUACAGGUCAUUACGAUAUCUCUCGAUAAUUUUGAGCGUUGGAGAAAACGGGCUAUGAUUUUUGUCGAAUUCAAAUUGUUAAAAAAAAACAAAUUCUUUUUCAAAUUAUGCAGAUUGAAUUAUAAUGCUGGUUAUUUUUAUUAAGUAAUAUAUAAAAGUCGGUAUAUAUCUAUGCAAUUCUUAACAGAAUUAAGUAACCCAAUGAAGUUUGAUGGAAAGUUAUUUUAUUCCUUCAGUAAUGCAUCGUUGGAAAUUCAAUUGCGUUUGUAAUACUAACUCAAUCCGGAAGGUUAAAUUAUUCUAGCUGAGAAAAUUAUAAUGCGAAAGUCAAAUACAUGAACGUUUUUAACUAAUUUGGAUUAUAACCAUGACACGGUUUGCGUUUGUAAAUAUAUAUUGUAAGAUAUUAUUGUUGUCCUCUGAUCGAGUACUUGAGUAUUUAAUAUACAUAUAUAUGCUGUAUACUAUUGUAUACCCUUCGCCUACGUAAACUAAUGCGUAGGUCUCGUUUUUCCAAACCGUCUAAUCGCGAACUGUAAAUUUCAAUAACAAAUCAUGUCAUUUUUUUUUUUCCAUUCCAUUAGUAUUUUCGACAGUAAUAGCGCAAGUCGAAUUUUAGAUUUAAAAACUCCGUGUGAUCCAUUAACGCCCAUAAUCCCAGUAACGCUGAAUUUCCUGAGAAUUUACAUAAUACGCGUAUAAUUAAUUGUACAUGCGCGUACAUAGCAAUACCGCUACGUGUAACUAUUGUAUACAAGCAUAAAUUCCAUAAAUAUUCAUCGCAUGUACAAUGGCGGCAGAUUUUACCCUAUGAAAUAUUCAUUAUAAAAAUAACUUGUCAGUCAUAUAAUGCUUAAUUACAAAUUUUUAUUAUUGUAUAAUUUACGCGAAACAUACUGACAAAUUAACAAACUAAUUACAAAUGAACAGAAGAUAAUCGUAAGUUUACGUUGCAUAAAUUAUAAAUAUUAUAUAUUACACAAUAUACUUAUAAGUAUACGGAAUCGAACCUUAUAAUAUUAUAUACCUAUACAUAUACAUUAAACAUGAUACGAUAAGAAGUAACCGUUAACAGAGAAUAAAAUAAUUAUGCCAUAAUAAUAAUAAUAAUAAUAAUAAUUAUAGUAAUAAUAAUAACAAGCUCAUUCAAUGUUUAAUGUGAUCGGUGUAAAUAAACUUACAACAUAAAUUACGCAUGGUACCAUAUACCAUCCAUAAUUCAUUAGCAGACUUAUGCAUGAUACAUUAUUCCUUAACUUUACCCUCAUAAAAUUACAGUCGAAUAGGUGGAUGCUCCUCGUUAAGAAUUUAAUUAUUCCUUGACCCAGUUCAGAGUAAUGCAGUUAUAGUUGGAUUGAAUAAAUCGUCCAGAAGCCUUGCCGAAAGUAAAUAUUUUACAUCCGUGUAAACCUUCGAUCGUUCUCGAGUGCGGGGCUUCAAAACUAUACAAGAUUCAACGUAACUCAGUCAAAGAGACUGAAGUAAUCUCAUUCGUUUGAUUCGACGAAGCAAUACUUAAUUCAAUGUGGCACCGUAAAUAAAUCUAUAAUUUUAAACGGUACACGUCUAUAAUUUCAUUCUAUCCGAUAUAAUUUCUGAUUAAUUAAAUAAAUUACACCCGCAGUAAUAUUUUUCCAAUAGAGCUUGAAAAAUAUCAUCCAACGGUAUCAAGUGCUCAAUCGACUGUAAUAGAAAUAUGCGACUAGCUUGAAUAUAAAAUCCCUUGAUACGAAUAAAUUUAUCAGAGUGGAUUGAACUUGAUAAUUUGAAAUAA